UGGCAAAGUCGGGUUUGGUUUGCCCUGGCUUGCUGCAUUUCUUCUUGCUCUUCUUCUUGCUCUUCUUCAAGUUGAACUUGCGUGCAUCAGAUUAGAGCUCGCUGCCUGAUCCAGGUCUGUUUGGUCCUGAGAUCUUUGAGCAUCUGGCAGUGGUGGUUGGAGAAGCUCACGAUUCUGGCGUCUUUGUGCCAUCAGAUCAAGCACAUGCAGGGGGGCGGGUAGUGUCAGCGAAAGUCAGCUGAUCUGAAGCAUUUUAGUGGCUGCGGGAGUGACGUGGAAGUGCUUCCAUCCCAAAGUGCAGCUCUUGAACGCAGAGCUAUCGAGUACGAAUGGAGCGCUGGCUAAACAUGCACUAGAUGGGUGCCAAUUUUGCCGUGCAAAGCCACGAUUCGCUGGCCCCUGAUGAGGAUGAGGCCUUGCCAACACGCUGGACUUACCAGGAAAUCGACCAUUACUACGAGGUAAAGUUGGGGCGCAGUUCAGCGGUACCACCGCAAGAGAAGAAAGUUCCUCGCGAGAUACAAGGGUGGGGUGCUAGGCGUCCUCUCGUCCAGCUUGGAAUGGGGUCAACUACUAGUACACAAGUAAAUGCAGGGCCGGCUGCAGCCGGACCCACAGAACGGAAGAAACGAAGCGGGGCGAGACCAGGUGGUGGUGACGUCACAUAUGGAGCUGCCGCUAAUGGGAGAGCGCCAGUUGGUGGCUCGGAAAGGGUCUCUGUAGCGGUGAGGCGAGGGACCGGCAGACUGGCCGGCAGUCCUUCAGCCAGUGAAAGCUCGCUCAGCAGCUCGGAUGUUGACGGCGACACCGAUGCGCACGCCCUGCCCCCUCCCCCCGACUUCGGCAGCGUGGAGCUCCAGGAGAUGGCGUCCCUCAUCACUGCGGACAUCGUGGUCCGACAUCCGAACGUCCGGUGGAAGGACGUGGCGGGGCUGGAGGAGGCCAAGCGGCUACUCAAGGAGGCCGUCGUCAUGCCCAUCAAGUACCCGCAGUACUUCACGGGGCUGUUAACACCCUGGAAGGGAAUCCUUCUGUACGGACCCCCUGGCACUGGGAAGACGAUGCUGGCCAAAGCCGUGGCCACCGAGUGCGGCACGACGUUCUUCAACAUCAGCGCGUCCACGAUCGUAAGCAAGUGGCGCGGCGACAGCGAGAAGCUGGUGCGCGUGCUCUUCCAGCUGGCGCGCCACUACGCGCCGUCCACCAUCUUCAUGGACGAGCUCGACGCGCUCAUUGCGCAGCGCGGGGAGGGGCCCGGCGAGAACGAGGCCAGCCGCCGCAUGAAGACGGAGCUGCUAGUGCAGAUGGACGGCCUUUCUCAGUCGGAAGAGAUGGUGUUCGUCCUGGCCGCCACCAACCUCCCGUGGGAGCUUGACACCGCCAUGCUGCGGCGCCUCGAGAAGCGCAUCCUGGUGCCCCUCCCCGGGGGGGAGGCCCGCCUGCGCAUGCUCCAGCACCUGCUGCCCCCCGAAAAGUAUCCGGGGCUCGUUUUCGUCGAAACGGUAGAAAAGACGGCCGGGUACUCGGGCUCGGACGUCCGGUUGGUGUGCAAGGAGGCGGCCAUGCGUCCGCUGCGGCGGCUGAUGUCAGCGCUGGACGAAGAGGAGGAGAGUGGGUCGGAUGCGUCCGCAGACUCCGUGCUCGGGCCAGUUACGAUGGACGACCUAAGGGGCGCGCUUCAAGUUACCAAGCCCAGCGCCCAUGUGUAUGCCGAGCGCUUCCAGAAGUUCCACGAUGAGUUUGGGAGUCACUUCGACUGAGUUGCUAGCGGUCCGGAUAUCCCCACCGCUUAGGAAAGGGAUAGGAGCUUUGCAAAAUGAAGAUUCGAGCAGCCUUGUAUGCUAGGUGCGCUGCAAUCAGUACUGGUAGGAGGUAGACGAAAGCUGCAAGUGAUAGUCUUUGAUUGACGGCUCCGACGUAUGUCGGCCAAUGAACGAGGUUCAACCGAUUGAACUAUCCAGUUACUGCACGCGAUUCUUUGUCCUAGGACACGACAACCUGAGCCAAGCAAAGUAAAGAACAUACUUUCUGAGGCAUUCGACGCUCGGAAGCAGUCAGUCCUCCAAGUAUACAACACUUUGGGCUGUUGCUUUCCUAGAAUUAUCUUGCCAGCUGAAAAGUCUGUCAUGCCUCGCAAGUUGAAGAAGUUAACAUGGAUACUCUCCUCUCCUUGAAACUCUG